AUGGCGGGUUGUGAUGAAACCUUAACUCCUCUGCCUCUGCAACUAGACAGAGUUUUUGGUCAAGACAAGUUGUUUGAUCAACCGACGUAUUUCCGAAGCCUCACAGGCAAGCUCCAGUAUCUCACUUUGACUAGACCUGACAUCCAAUUUGCUGUCAACUACGUAUGUCAGAAGAUGCACGCUCCGACAGUCACAGAUUUCACUAACCUGAGACGCAUUCUUCGUUACCUCAAAGGCACGUCUCAUCUAGGUCUAACGAUUAAUGCAAAGACUGGUUUCCUUCUCUACGGAUUCAGUGAUAGCGACUGGGCAGGGUGUCGUGAUACACGACAUUCCACUGGCGGUCUGUGUACGUUUCUUGGCUCCAACAUCAUUUCCUCAUCUGCAAAGCGACAUCCUACGGUGUCACGGUCAUCAACUGAAGCUGAAUACCGCACAUUGUCAAUAACAGCGACUGAAUUAAAGUGGUUAGCGUCGUUUCUUGGAGAAAUGGGUAUCUCUUUACCUGAUACGCCUCAGCUGUUCUGUGACAACUUAUCAGCUGUCUACUUGACUGCUAACCCUGCGUUGCAUACUCGCUCAAAAAUUUCGAUACCGACUUUCAUUAUGUUCGUGAGAGGGUAG